AUGGCGCCGCCCCGAGCGGGAACGAGGCCGCCCUUUCCCAGCAGGGCCGCCGCCGCCUGGCCGGCCUCUGGGCGGGAGGCGCCCCCGGCCUCGGCGCUGUGGCUGGCCGACCCGGAUGAGAAGGUGUCCUGUCCAUAUGAUAACAACCAUCAGAUCCCAAAGGCUUCUCUGGAAAAGCAUAAGGUGUCCUGUAGGCUGAGGAAACUAGAGUAUUCCAAAACAGAAGAGGCUGAAAUGUAUGAUGCUUCUUUUUUCUAUGAAAACAUAAAAAUACCCACUGUUCUAAUGGAUAAGAUUUUACAGUCCCACAUUAUUAAACAAGCCGCUGCUACAGAUAGUGGAAAUUAUUGUCCAGGUGCUUAUUCUGCUCUGUUUGUUGAAGUUCCACAAAACCACAAGCGUUCCAUCUGUGAUCUGACUCAAGCUGAUCGCCUUGCAAUCUACAAUUAUGUCCUCACAGAAACAAAGAACCAGAGAUCAAGAUCCCAGCAGACAGAAAAUGAUAGCGAUCUGUUUGUUGAUUUGGCAGCAAAAGUCAACCAAGAUGAUGGUCAGAAGGGUCCGAAAUCCCAUCUUGAAAUUCUUGCAGAGAUGCGCGAUUAUAAAAGACGGCGUCAGUCCUACAGAGCUAAAAAUGUUCACAUCACAAAGAAAUCCUACACAGAGGUGAUUCGGGAUGUAAUCGGGGUUCACAUGGAAGAACUUGCCACACAUUGGCAGGAAGAAAACACGAACAUAAAAGGUUGUGAAGAUGGAAGAUUGUCUUUCUUAGCAAAGCCUUCAGGAAGGUCUGCAUCGACUGAUUCAAGACAAUCCUGUGGAAGCUCAAAGGAUGUUGAUCAUUCUAGACACAGGAAGGAUCCCAGCAGAAGUCCAGACAAACAAACAAAAAGUCGGGAAAAAGAAAGAGACAGGGAUUCCCGAAGGAAAAGAGAGAGGGAUGAAGACAAGCAUCACAGUCAUAAGAGAAGAAAAUAA